GUUGGAGACGCGGAUCGCACAGAACACGCAAUUGACAAUUCACAGAGUGCCAUCGGGGGGACUGGAAAUCUGGAGAUGGAGCCAGAUCAACUCAGUGAGGACAAUAACAAUAUGUUUGAUCUCCGUGUAAAGAAGAUGACCAAAACAGAAAAAGCCAAAGAGACUCCGGCUGUCAGGAGUAGAAAGCACCGGGUGAUACUGAUCCUGGGGGUCCUCCUUAUAUUGGCUCUCCUGAUUUUGUUCAUCCUCACCGGUGUCCUCUUCAAUCACUAUAAUAAUACUGAAGAAGAAAUUACACAACUGAAAGCUUAUAGAAUUGGUUCCUGCUGCCCCGAAGGCUGGAAAACAAUUGGUUCCAAAUGCUACUAUUUCCAAAAUACUUCGGAUACUUGGGAGAGGAGCCGGGAGGAAUGUGCCAAGAAUUACAGCGUUCUUCUGACCCUGAAGGACAAGGAUGAAUUGGAUUCUGUGCUGCCCUUCCUGAAAGGACCUUUUUACUGGAUAGGACUGCGGCGGGACGCCCAGAACAGCAGUCGUUGGCUGUGGGUAGAUGGGACUCCUCUCACGUUCAGCACUUUGUGGAAUGAAAGUCAACCCACCAACUUAAAUGAUGAAAACUGCGCAGAGAUUUGGAAAAGCCGGCAGUCAGUGUUUGACGUCAAGUGUGGUGAUAAGAAUCGUUCCAUAUGUAAAGCUCAGUGGAGGUGCUGAGAUACGCUCCGUAUACUGUGACCUCUCUUCUCUCUAUAUCUUCUUCCAUGCUUCAGGAGUUCCAUGACUGUACUAGGAGGUUGUGGGAAACCAUUUGCUUUUUCUCCAUGUUUUAUUUUUGCUUUUGCUCUGUUUUAUUUCCAUUGAGCCCAUAUACCAUGGGGUCUAUAUUAGACGUGUGCACACUGAAAUAUUUUGUUUCGGAAUUUAGUUUUCGUCCGAAAAAUACAUUUAUUUAGUGACUCCCGAAA